GCUGGUGCCGGUGACGCGGGACUACGCAGCGCAGGGAAAGUCGCAGCUUGGAAUGAACCAGGGGGCUGGAGAAAUGUUUACAGUUUAAAGGAUGCCAAGCACACCAUUCAUAUAGGGAGCAGUUUCUGUAAUCAAAUUCAACCAUAGGACAAGAGACCGGACCAAGUGAGUGGAGAAACAAAAAAGGAAAUUAACAAAGAGACUGCUGAGCAAUCUUCUCUCUCCCCAGCCUGAAUUAAAGGCAGAGUUAAAACAUCAUGGAGUGGGGUUCGGAGCUUUGGGACCAAUAUGACAUCAUAGACCGGCAGACCCAAUGGGGGAUUGACCUAAUAGAGAAAUACGUGAAGUUUGUGAAGGAUCGGACGGAAAUCGAGCAGUCAUAUGCCAAGCAGCUGAGGACAUUGGUGAAGAAAUACAGCCCCAAGAGAGUCUCGAAGGAAGACCAUGAAAUGAAGUUCUCCCAGUAUCAGGCCUUCAUCAACAUUCUCAAUGAAUUGAAUGACUACGCUGGGCAGCGGGAGAUUAUAGCAGAGAACCUGAUGCAGAAUAUCUUCGCCCAGUUGUUGAAAUACUUGCAUGAAAAUAAACAGGAACGCAAGAUGCAUCUUCUGGAAGGAAGGAAAGCUCAACAGAACCUGGAAACUAGUUUUAAACAGCUGGACAAUGCAAAAAGGAGGUUCGAACGAGACUGCAAGGAGGCUGAGAAGGCAAUGCAGAAUGCAGAGAAAGCCGACAAUGAUAUCAACGCCACCAAAGCUGAUGUAGAAAAGGCAAAACAACAGGCAAAUCUCCGGAAUCACAUGGUGGAAGAAAGCAAGAAUGAGUACGCCUCACAACUACAGAAAUACAACAAGGACCAGAAUCAGUUUUAUUUUGUGGAGAUGCCUCAUGUUUUUAAUAAACUUCAGGAGAUGGAUGAAAAGCGGAUACAGAAGCUGUGUGAAGCAUACAAAAUGUUUGCAGACACCGAACGCCAAGUCAUGCCGAUCAUUGGGAAGUGUCUGGACGGGAUGACGAAAGCUGCGGAAUCUGUAAACGAGAGCGGGGAUUCACAAGUGCUGAUUGAGGCGCACAAGUCAGGAUUUGAGAGACCGGGGGAGCUCGAGUUUGAAGACUACAGCCAGAUGAUUAACCGGACUUCAUCAGAGAACAGUAUUGGUUCUCUUAAAUCGGAGCCGAAGACCGACCAUAGGACCGUUGGCAAAAGCAAGACCAAACGCUGGCCAUUCGGAAAAAAAAACAAGCUUCCACCCCUCCCCUUCUCACCUUUGAACUUUUACCCCUCGUCUUUCGCUAAUGGGCACCCGUCCCCCAAGUUCACCAGGGAUCCGCUGUCUUACUGUCUGAACGAGAUAAAGACAGUGAAACCCAGGAUCCCUUCUUUCCAAAGCUUACGGAGGGGGCUCAUUGUAUCUGAGGACUUUAGUCACCUACCCCCUGAGCAGCGUCGAAAAAAACUUCAGCAGAAGAUUGAAGAUCUGAACAAGGAGCUGCAGAAACAAGUGGACCAGAGCGAAGCAUUAGAUAAGAUGAAAGAUGUCUAUCAACGGAACCCACAGAUGGGCGAUCCAAACAGCCUUGAGCCCCGAAUAAUGGAGACAAACCAACAGAUUGACAGGCUACGGAAUGAGAUUCAGAAGUACGAGAUGUGGCUGGCUGAUGCAGAAGCGAAAUUGGUUUCACGCAAUGACAGCUACGUGCAGUACACUCCUCACUGUGACCGUUCUCCCUCCUUGAAUAACAAUGGGUCGCACGAUAAGGAAAGCCCCGACACAACUUAUUCUGAUGAUAGCGGCCAGGAACCAUUGGUGCAGCCUUCUCCUGUCUCAGAGUUUGACGAUUUUGAGGACGAUCUUGCUCAUCCAAUAGGAAGCUCAACUGCUCUGUAUCCAUUUGAUGGUAACAGCGAAGGGACCAUUCCAAUGGCAGAGGGAGAGGUGCUGCAACUGAUUGAGGAGGACAAGGGUGAUGGAUGGACCCGGGUGAGGCGGAGCGAUGGGGAGGAAGGCUAUGUACCCACCUCCUACGUGAAAAUCACCCUGAGCAGGAAGUGAGCCAGGAUUUGCCGGUGGUCAUAAGACAUUUAUCCUCUGGUUCGCAGUGUCUCAUUUUCUUUCUUUGAACCAGGAUGGAGCAGACAGAGAGCGUUCUGUGGGAUAGAUGGCUCCAUGGACAAGUGGGAGAGGGACGAGGGUUAACUGACCCUCCGUGGUAUUCACAUUGGAAAAUAAAAAACCCGAGAGUCGCUUAGUUACAUUUGUAAUACCUUUGGCACAUUAUUAGGAAAGCAUCUAUGAUCUUUCAGUCCACUGUAAGAUGACUCUGUCCAGCUGCAGUUUAUGCUGGUACAAUAGAUACCACUCUAAUGUACAUAAUAUGUAGUAAUAACUGUAUUUAGGGAUGAACAUGCUGAUCACCGAUGGCAUCUUUUAUAUAGGUAUUUUGCAUUGAAUUUGUUUUUUUUGCCCACAUUUGUGGAAUCAUUUCAGGCGAGAAAUAGGACAACAUGCAGAACAUACCCUGGAAUCUGGUUGAAGGGCUUGUACAAACCGGAUGAUGAUGCUUGCAAGGGAAGAAAUCUAAGCUGCCAAAGCACCCCGUUGUUUAAUGUCAUGGCUUUGUUAGAAGGAUAUGAAAAUCCUGCAAGAGUUGGCCCGUGCCUAUUUCAAAAACAACAGGGCGUAGGGUCACGGGAAAAUCCAAGCUCUCUGUGGGGAUGCUGGGGUCCACCUAGAUGAAACAGACUGGUGAAGGCCAACACUAAGAAGCUGCUUGCCCAAGAGUGUAGGGUAUAGACGAUGGGCUCUUCAAAUGGCUGGGUGCUGGACAGCAAAGGUCCCUGCCCAGCUCAGCCAUCGUCCUGACGGUCCUUUUAUUUUUAAACCAGCACUCGCAGCCUUCUGGGAUUUUUAAUGAACACGACUGUCGUGAUGUCUCUGGAGAUUUAAAUUAAAAAGAGGAAGGUGGCAGUCCCAGAUUCAAGUGCAUACCUGCUGUGCUUUUAUCGUAGAACAUCGACUGGAAUCAUCGCCGAGUUAAUUGGUGUUUUAAGCGUAAAUCAUUCGGGAUGCAGGCGUGAGUUGAGCACAGCUGCAAAUUCUUCCAGAGUUGAUACGUGCGUGGGGAGUACGUGACUCAAAACAUCGCGUCAGUUCUUUGGUGAUGUUUGGUGACCUGUUCGGAAUGUAGCCUAUCUGUUAUAUCCUGGUGCCACAACUACAUUAUGAAUCAUUUGUGAUUGUAUCAUAGACUAAUAAUGCACUUGACGUUACAAUAGGACAGUAACAUGAUUGUUACCCCACCUGGUUUUAAUCCUGUAAUAAAAUGCUAUUCCAACUGAGGACUCCAUGUCUUAUCACCUCUUAUAAAUACUCAACAGCUCGCAUUGAAGCUAUCUAGACGUGAUGGUUUUCCCACUGGGUUUCUGUAAUCUCAUUUGUCAUUCAGGCAGAUCCAAAACACAAUGUUGGAUGGAGAGACAUUUUGGGAGGAGUGUGGGUGAGAGAGAGAAACCUGGGAGUUUGUUCCUUUUCCACAUUUCCUCUACCUCGGUUUGAUGAUUCCAAGAAGAGAUUAAACCCUCCUCCCUACUCGUUCACUUUGAUGCACUCCAUAUUUUUCAUGCUGCGACUUUGCACAUCAUCUUAUGGAGAUGGGGUUUUUUUUAAAUAAACAGUGAAUGUUGUCCACCCUGCACACUAACUUUCAUGUUUCCCCAGAGGCCAAUGAUUGACUUUGAUCUGGGCUACUCACUGACAUCUGGCCUAGCUCACCAGCUGUGAUCAAUACAGCCAUUCACCAGAUCAAGUAAGGGCAGUGUACCGGGGUUUUAUUUUACUCAAAUGUUUCAAUUAUUUUAAUCACUCUCACGAGUCAUCCUGUCCUCCAAUUUCAGUGUGCCUUGACGAAAUACAACUUGUAUUUAUAAGGGAUCCUAAGUACAGAAGCUGUAGCAACAGACAUUGAGCUUCUGAGAGGCAAGUUAAGAGAUGUCACCAGAACGUGUGGUGAAGGUUUGAGAAGGACUUUUAAGGAAAUGAAGGGUUUUGGAAGAAAGAGGUAGGACCUGAGUCAGGAUGCAGCCCUGGUGAUGACCAAUGGGUCAUGAGACAGCCUUAGGUGGAACAGCACUUGAUCAUCGUUUGCACGCUGUGGUUCUGACAUUGCAAGGGAUCCCCAAAGAAAAGUCCCUUCCCUUCUGAGUUUACAGGGAGCCAUCACUUUGAGGCUUGUUUCAGGAGAACUUUGAAGAAACAGGUAUCUCCCUGAUAUUCCUGGCUGGGGAAAGCAGGAGAAAUCAAGAAAUAUUCUGCAAAAGUGAGGAGGAGUUUUAUUUGAGAGUAAUUUUUUUUAACAAAUAAAUCCUUUCCGCAUUGUCUUCAGUGGGGACUUGUAAUGUGUGGGGUGCAGUUUUACCCUUCUUACAAUUGGAUUGUUUCUUUCUGGUUUCAUUCAAAUGCCUAUGCAGACAGAGCUGUCAUUUAUAAUUGAAACUUGGUAAAUAAGAGCAGGAGAGAAAAUAUUCAGCCCUUGAGCCUGCUCUGCCAUUCAAUGAGAUCGAGGCUGAUCUACCUCAAUGUCAUUUUCUUCACUUCCUUUGUCUAAAGUGCCUUCUGUCUUUGGAUUUCCCCGCGGGUCAGCACAGUUAAGAAUAAAUUGCUCUGAUCACUCUCUUUGAGUGCAUUCUUUUUGCAGGCGCUUACAGUGUGGCUGGACAGUUAAAUCCCUACUCUCACUCUUCCCUCCCCUUGUGGCAAUGUGUACAGUUCAAGGGAUCUCUGCUGAGGAAGGUGGCAGUUGGGGAGAAUUGCUACCAGCUCUGCAUUCCUAAAUUAAGUGGAAAGGUGGUUCUGAUAAAUGGUCAUCGAUCUGAAAAGUUAAUGUCAUUCCCCCCCCCCCCCCCCCACACAGAUGCUGCCUGAGCCUGUUGAGUAUUCCCAGCAACAUUCAUUCUUACUGUGGGAUAAAGACCAACGCGGUCCUCCUGGUUUUGGGAAGGUAAAGGGGGGUGCAGGACAUUAUUGAGUGACAUGGGAGCACAAGGAGAAUGUGCAUCAGGUGAGGGUUCGGCAGCGCCUGGCAGUUUCCAAGUAUUCAUUGCUUCAGCCUUUGAAUAGGCCAGGGAAAAUGUCUUCCAUUGACAUACCCUUGACUCUGUUUCCGAGUCAUACAGUACAGAAACAGACCCUUCGGUCCAACUAGUCCACACUGACCAUGUUCCCAAACUAAACUAGUCCCGCCUGACACCACUUGGCCUGUAUCUCUCCAAAUACAGCCAUAGAGAUGUACAGAAUGGAAACAGACCCUUCAGUCCAACCCGUCCAUGCCGACCAGAUAUCCCAACCCAAUCUAGUCCCACCUGCCAGCACCCGGCCCAUAUCCCUCCAAACCCUUCCUAUUCAUAUACCCAUCCAAAUGCCUCUUAAAUGUUGCAAUUGUACUAGCCUCCACUACUUCCUCUGGCAGCUCAUUCCAUACACGUACCACCCUCUCCGUGAAAAAGUUGCCCCUUAGGUCUCUUUUAUAUCUUUCCCCUCUCACCAUAAACCUAUGCCCUCUAGUUCUGGACUCCCCAACCCCAGGGAAAAGACUUUGCCUAUUUAUCCUAUCCAUGCCCCUCAUAAUUUUGUAAACCUCUAUAAGGUCACCCCUCAGCCUCCGAUGUUCCAGGGAAAACAGCCCCAGCCUGUUCAGCCUCUGCCUGUAGCUCAGAUCCUCCAAUCCUGGCAACAUCCUUGUAAAUCUUUUCUGAACCCUUUCAAGUUUCACAACAUCUUUCCGAUAGGAAGGAGACCAGAAUGCACGCAAUAUUCCAACAGUGGCCUAACCAAUGUUCUGUACAGCCGCAACAUGACCUCCCAAUUCCUGUACUCAAUACUCUGACCAAUAAAGGAAAGCAUACCAAACGCCGCCUUCAUUAUCCUAUCUCCUGCAACUCCACUUUCAAGGAGCUAUGAACCUGCACUCCAAGGUCUCUUUGUUCAGCAACACUCCCUAGGACCUUACCAUUAAGUGUAUAAGUCCUGCUAAGUUUUGCUUUCCCAAAAUGCAGCACCUCGCAUUUAUCGGAAUUAAACUCCAUCUGCCACUUCUCUGCCCAUUGGCCCAUCUGGUCAAGAUCCUGUUGUAAUCUGAGGUAACCCUCUUUGCUGUCCAGUACACCUCCAAUUUUGGUGUCAUCUGCAAACUUACUAACUGUACCUCUUAUGCUCACAACCAAAUCAUUUAUGUAAAUGACAAAAAGUAGAGGACCCAGCACCGAUCCUUGUAGCACUCCACUGGUCACAGGCCUCCAGUCUGAAAAACAACCCUCCACCACCACCCUCUGUCUUCUACCUUUGAGCCAGUUCUGUAUCCAAAUGUCUAGUCUUUCUUAUUCAUGAACUUAUCCAAAUGCAUUUUAAAUGUUCUAACUGUACCUGCAUCCACCACUUCCUCUGGCAGUUCAUUUCACACACAAACCACUCUGUAUAAAAGUAAAGUUGCCCCAUAUCUUGUUUUAAAUCUUUCUCCUCACACCUUAAUAAUAUGCCCCCCUAGUUUUGAACUCCCCCACCCUCAGACCCUUGUUGUUCAACUUAUCUAUACCCUUCAUGAUUUUCUAAACCUCAGCAAGAUCACCCCUCAAUCUCCUAAGCUCCAGUGAGAAAAGUCCCAGCCUUUCCAGGAUAUUUUUAUACCUAAAACCAUCCAGUCCUGGCAACAAACUGGUAAUUUUUUUUCUGAACCCUGUCUAGUUAAGUAGUGACAUUCCUGAAACAGGGUGACCAGAAGUACAAACAGUGCUCCAGAUGUGGCCUCACCAACGUUCUGUCCAACCUCAACAUGACAUCCCAACUCCUGUACUCAGGUGUGAGUAAUGAAGGUAAGCGUACUCAACACCUUAACCACCUUGCCUAUCUGUGACUGAAAUUUCAAAGAAUUUUGUGCCUGAACCUCUCAAUCUCUCUUCUACAGCACUAUCCAGGGCCCCCUACCAUUAAUUGUAUAAGUCGUGCUCUCGUUUGCAUUACCAAAACACAGUAACUCAUAUUUAUCCAAAUUGCAUUUGCCGCCACUCGUCCCACUGAACCCAAUGAUUCAGACAACCUUCUUCGCUAUCCACUGUGCCACUAAUUUUGGUGUCAUCUGCAAACUUACUAACCAUGCCUCCUAUAUUCUCAUCCAAAUCGGUUAUACAAAUGAUAAGCAAGAGUGGCCCCGGUACUGAACACCGCUGGACACAGACCUCUGGACCAAAAAAAACAAGCCUCUACCACCACCCUCUGUCUCCUACUGUCAUACCAAUCUUGUAUCCAGUUGGCAACCUUACCCUGAAUCCCAUGUGAUUCUAACUUAGCUAAUUAGUCAAAGGCAUUACCAAAGCCCAAGUAAACAAUUUCUACCGCUGUGCCCUAAUCAAUCUUUUUGGUUACUUCAAAAAAAAACUCAGCUCGUUAAUAUUUCAACCAUCUGCUGUUACUCUUUAUGAGACUCUAUUUCCCUUGCACAAAGCCAUGCAGACUCUAUCCCUAAUUAAUCUUUGCCUCUCCAAAUGCAGGUCGAUCCUAUCUUUCAUAAUCACCUCCAACAAUGUAUCCGUCACCAAAGUCAAGACUCACCGGUCUGUAGUUUCCAGGCUGCUUCUUACAGUCUUGUUUUUAAAAAUACACAACAUUAGCCAUCCUGCAGUCCUCUGGGUACUUCACCUGUGUUUAUAGAUAAUACAAAUACUUCUGUUGAGGCCCCACAAUUUCCUACCUAACUUCCCACAACGUGCUGGGAAACACUUGAUCAGAUCCUGGAGAUUUAUCUACCUUUAUGAUUUCUAAGACCUGCAGUACUUCCUGUUCUGUAUUGCGAACUGUUUUAUCUGGAUUUGCAUUAAUGCUGUACUGUUACACAUUGGCUUUGCACACCUUCUGUAUAGGAUAACAGAACAUAGCAUUUCUUUUACUGGUAAACUUAUUGGCUCUUUUAAUGCUUCCACAAACAACGUCUGGUUUCACUCACUGGUGAAAUACCUAGCUUCAUCACACCUACAAAUAUUCAAUAAUAAUUUGAACUUGGAAACGCUGAGUAAAAUAACUCCAUGCUUACUGAACUGAAAAUAUACUUGGAAUAAUAUGGUGUAUUACUCUGUCCAUCUUUAGUGUUUAAACUGCAAAUAGUGUUUUAGCACUGCUGUGUUCUUUUAGCCUAAAAAGGUUAGACUGGUUCUGCGUAUAAUGGCCAGAUAACGCAGUGAUUCUGAAAUGGCUGAAGACUUUGAGUUCAGUUGCCAACUCCAUGUUUGCCUCAUUAAAAAGGGGAGGGGAGAAUGCCAUUGUCAAAAGCAGCUUGUGUGUUUAUGAGUUAAUGAGUCACCAUCCUAUUUAUAUUUAACUUUUAAGUUUGUAAAUUAAUUUUAAUAUAUUUCAUUAGUAUUUUAACCACCUGCUGCUACUCUUUAUAUUUUUAACACUUUAUUCAGUUGGAACAUGUUAAUUUUGUUAAGCCUUUGUAUAGCUCCCCCACUAUUCGAUCUAUUUUUGCUUAUUGGGACUGGGACCUUGAUUGGUCAACUGAAAGCAAAACUAUUGAGACCUCAAAGUGAUCCUAACAAAUCAAUCUUUGAUGAGCAUUGGUAGAGGCGUAUCCUUUUUCUUUCCCGAAAUGGUCUUUCUGGUCUUGUUCACUGUGCAAAUUCAGUGCAACACCUGAACAAAGCUCACUCUGGGAAUAUGCUGGGAAGACAUGGUAAUGUUUUCUACGUCUUAGGGUGGAGUUAAAUUAAUGCUGUUUUUUUUCAUUUCAUUCAGUCACAGGAUGUGCACAUUGCAACAUUGCUUGCCUGUCUGUAAUUGCCCUGGAGAGCAAGGCAGUGAGCUGUCUCCUUGAAGACAACUGAGUUAGGCUGUUUUAAAGGAGAGUUCAGAGUCUGCCAUAUUGCUACUUGUCUGGAAACAAUGUCUGAGCACUAAGAUUUAGCUUAAAGUUUGCUGAGGAAAGAGGUACUUUUGAAGUUUUGAGCCUAAUCCAUUGCUAAAAUACAAGUGCCAAAAUGAUAUUUGGCUCUGAAGAUGUUUACAGCAUUACUGGUCACAACAUGAUGGACAUAUGCCAAUUCCCAAAUGUAAUGAGAUUAUGACCCCCCACACCCUUGUGAAUCACAAUGGCUUGCUUCACAACCUGAGUUGAUUAUUUCAGUCUGUGUUACCUAUAGUGCAAUUUACAUAUCGAGAUUAAAAUUCAAAAUAUUCUUUCGGCUCCUCAUGGUGAUGGGUUGGAUACGGUUUCUCUCUAAUGUGUUACUGUUGCCUACUUUAAAUGUAUAACAUUUUGCAAAAAUAAUAAAAUAAUGCCUGAAACGUCAGGUACUUAUGGUAACUA